AUGAGCUUCGACGCCAUGCGCCCGCGAGGCCGGCCAGCCCACACCCCGGGGACGACUGUGCUCGCAUACACGCCCAACGGGAAGCGCGUGAUCACCGGCGGAUCCAACUCUGCCAUUCGGAUUUACACCGUGGGCCAAGAUGGAGAGCCCCAGACAGUCGACGAGGGCGUUGAUGCGAAUCACGGCAUCGGUGCCACGAACGAGUGUUUUAUUAUGGGCGCCGAGGACGGCACGGUAUGGCAGUACGAUAUCACAUCCGGCAAGAUGCGGAACUUGUUGGUACGCUGCGCGCUGCCGGUGCGCGAUAUUGCGGUGUCUAGGGACGGCGAAUGGGCGGCCGUGGCAAGCGAUGAACUCACGGUGAAAAUCGUCAAAAUCGAGGACAUGACCCAGGUCAAAUACCUGCGGGAACAACCCAAAGGAGCCAAACAUGUCACCUUCGACCCCAAUGGGCGCUAUGUUUCGGUUUCCUGCACGGACGGCAUUGUCUACAUCUAUUCCCUGCACGAGGAAGAACCGGAGUUGGUCCGCAAGCUCGAUGGAGUGAUUCGAAGACUCGAGCCAGAUGCAGAGGCGACAUCGAGAGCCGUGUGGCACCCGGACGGUACCGCGUUUGCAUCCGCAGAGGCCACCCGGGACAUCUCCAUCUACUCUAUCUCGGAGUGGAAGAAAGAGAAGACCUUUGCUGGUGGGCAUACCGGCGACAUCACGGCCCUCAGCUGGGCGCCGAAUGGAACCCUGCUGGCAUCCGCCGCCGCAGACGGUCAGAUCAUCCUCUGGGAAACGAAAACUCAAAAUAUUCUGCAACGCUACGACUUUGGAAAUGUCAUCAAUCUCGCCUGGCAUCCGACUAAGAACUCGCUGUCCUUCACCACCUCUGAUGGCGAACUGUUCAUUCAUGACGACUUUGUGCCGAGGGAACACGAGCCGUUGCUUCAGAAGCCGUUGCAGGCAGCUCCUAUCUUCCCAGGACCGCUCACUGAGAUCUCCAACAAUGUCGGCAGAACCUUGGCGGAUCGGUCCAAGGAGGCCAUCCAGCGGGCAGCUAGAAGGGGAUCACCAGACUCAUUGGAUGACAUCCUCGGUGAGGAUGAUGAAAUGCCGGAUUUUGUGGAUGAUGAUGAUGGUGCAGGCUAUGCCGAAGGCCUCAAUCCGUAUGGCAAGCGGACAAACGGCCACCUGGAAGACCUUGGCCCGGACAGCAAACGUGCCUACUCUGGCUCGUUUCAGCCCAACCCACAUCCACCUCUUCAGCCUGGUAGUACGCCAUGGGCUGGGAAUCGGCGAUAUCUCUGUCUGAACUUGACUGGCGCCGUCUGGACUGUUGAUCAAGAAACACACCAUACAGUCACCGUAGAAUUCUAUGACCGCGAGCUGUACCGGGACUUCCACUUCACGGAUCCAUAUCAAUACGACAAAGCCUGCCUCAAUGAGAACGGAACGCUCUUCGCUAACAGUCCGUCUGAUGGCAGCCCUGCCACUAUCUUCUACCGGCCACAUGAGACAUGGACCACGAGAGCAGAUUGGCGCACCCAAUUGCCCGAGGGCGAAAUGGUCCGAGCUCUUGCACUGAGUGAUUCAUAUAUUGUUGCCGUGACGACGAAAGGCUAUGUCCGAGUAUACACACUUUUUGGGACACCAUUCAAAGUGUAUCGACAAAAGAGUCAGGGCGUCAGUUGUGCCGCAUGGAGGGACUACAUUAUGAGCAUUGGCAACGGCCCCUUGGGACCUGAUGGCCGCCACACGACGUUACGAUAUACUAUCGAAAAUGUCAAACGGGACGAGAUUUGCCAGAACGAGGACGAGGUUGCACUCCCGGAAGGCGUUCAAUUGAAGAAUGUCUUCUUCUCCGACACUGGGGACCCAUGUAUCUAUGACACGACGGGGGCGUUGCUCGUCUUGCAGCACUGGCGCACGCCCGGUCAAGCCCGGUGGGUGCCUCUUCUAGACACGAAGCAGCUCGCCCGUCUGGCUGGUGGCCGCAAAGAAGAGACCUACUGGCCGGUGGCCGUAGCGCAGGACAAAUUCCACUGCAUCAUCCUCAAGGGCGGAGACCAGCACCCGUACUUCCCGCGGCCACUCCUCAGUGAAUUUGAAUUCCAGGUUCCUGUGUCUGCCGUCCCGCCGAGGGAUCCCAUCGAUCCCGAAGGUGCCGACGCGCGCGACGAGAAUGCCAAGUUCGAGGAGGCGUUUGUGCGCAGCAAUGUCCUCCUCUCGCUCUACCAGGAUCUAUUGGCCUCGACCAACGCGACCGCCAGCCAGCGCGCCGAGCUGGCGCGCAAAGAGCUGGAGAUGAACAAGACCCUGCUCCAGAUGCUGGCCAACGAGUGCCGGGAGGGCGAGGACCGCGGCAUGAAGGCGCUCGAGCUGGUGGGCAUGAUGUCUGAUCGCAAUGGCAAGAUGAUUGAGGCGGCGGCCAAGGUGGCCCAGCGCUAUGGGCGAGGUGUGCUGGAGGACAAGAUCCGCGACCUGGCGGAACGACGUGUGAUGGGCAUGGACGACGACGACGAGCUGGCAUGA